UAAACAAUAUUGAGAAGCAGUCUGACGCGGGAUCGAAUGUCAACAACAUGUCGAAACUAUAAAUUACUUCAAAAUAUUGCGGAAAUUAUGAAUAAAAUCUCAAUUAUUCUGUUGCUUCCAACCAAUGAAAAAAAGUUCCAAAAGUUAACGAAAUAUUUCAGAGCAAAAUGUCAGACUCGAGGCUUUCUGAAUCCGCUGAGCAUGACAUGUACCUGGCUCAACUGAAAGAAGUGUUUGACUCCUGUGAUCAGACUGGUUCUGGUAGCCUCAGUCGAACAGAACUGUUUCUUCUGUGCGAGAAGUUACAACUAGAGGAACAGUCUGAGUUCUUUGUGAAUGAGCUUCUGAAAGACACAGAGGAGGUCUCAUUUGAGGACUUUCAGACCUCAUUUGUCAACAUCCUCUGCCAAACUUAUGCCACAAAGGCCACAUCAUCAGACGAAGAGGAGGAUGAGGAUGAAGAAGAUGAGGAAAAAAGGGAUGAGGAGGCAUUAUCAGAGUCCAAUGCCGAGGGGGAAAGUGAUGUAGAUUGUGAGCAAACAGAACAUGAAGACCCUGGCUUAGGAGUGAAGAGAGAGAAGAGCCCAUUGUACAAGUUGGGGGAGAAGCACUAUGGUCGCCUGUCCAUGCCAGCAACGGUUUCAGAUGGCGACGAAGACAUGACAACUCUUGAUGAGGAAGACAUAGAGGUGGCCUCCUCCACUAUGUCCCUAAAACAUUCCCUUGUGGUUGAUGAGGCCUCUGACACAGAUGAGGACAGCCAUGAAUCACAGAAAAAGCGACAAAGACGGGACCCACAAGAUGCUGCUGAAACAUUUGAGGCAGAAGGUCAGCUGAAUGUGAUGAUGGCUGAGCAGGGCUCCCUAACAGAAGAGGAGAACUAUCUGCGUGACAUCUGGACCAAUCUGGGCGUUGGCAAGCACGGCUAUAUCGACAUUGAUGAGCUUGCAAGAGUGUGCAACCAUAUCGGCAUGGAAGAAAUGGACACAGUGCAACUUCAGCAGCUGUUCGACAAGCUAGACGCAGACGGUGACGGUAGAGUCUCCUUCAAAGAAUUCCAGGAAGAGCUCUUCCAGCAUAACACCCCAUCCUCCAAUCAUACCCCACCCACCAACACCUCCCAGUUGCCCCCAAGGUCAAAGGGAACAACCCCUACACGGUCGACCUCCGCUCAAAAGAAGCUUAAGUUUCCAGGGAGCGAGGAAAGAUUGACACCUUCGAGCGUGCUUGGAACCGGAAAAACUGGUCUCUUUUCGGAGAUUGACCCAGAGAGAACUGGUUUUGCCAAGCCAGAAGACAUAACAGAUUGGUGGGAGAAGAACAAUGUCUCCAGCCCUGCAGACGUACUUGUGGAAUUGGGUUUUGAUCUGGAGAACAAGGUGAACUUGAGUGAGCUGACUGCAGCCCUGGAGCAGGAGCUGUUGAAUGUGGAGGACCAGUCUGCUGUCUACCAGGCAGCCACGGCGUCCUACCAGCAGGAGAUGAGGCAUCUCAAGUCCUCCCUGGAGCAGGCAGUGUGGGCCAAGGAGAAGUUGAAGCUGGAUCUGUCUGAGGCCAAUGCUCGCAAUGCACUGCUUGCCAAGGAAGUGGAUGAGAGACAUGCCAACAUGGAAAAGUCCACACAGGAGCAGCUCUUGUCAAUAGAGCAGAAGUACUCGGACCAGGUGAAGGCCCUACAGUCCGACCUGGAUAGGGAGAGGGAAAGCAUGGCCCAGCUGUCUGUGAGAUACAAGCAGGGGCUGGAGAGAGAGAUGGCAGACCUUAAACACGAGGAGGCCAGACUCAGGGAUCAGCUCUCACAGGCACAAAAGGAGAUUGAGCGACAAGGUCAUGACCUUGAUGAGGUCACAGGUCAGCUGGAGGAAUCAGAGAGGCAGUGUCAGAGGUUACAGAGAGAGGUGGAGGGAGUGCAGGAACUUCAUAUGAAGCUAGCUGACUACGAGAGCAAGGCCGUGAUAUCUCCGGAGGAGCAGCAGUUCACACGAGAGAAACUGCAGAGGCUGGAACUAGAGAACAAGGAUCUGAAGGACCACAAUGAUGAGCUGACAGCUGAGCUGGAGACCCUCAAGCUCCAGUCCCCUGGGUCAGCUGGGGGGCGGGGGGAGGGAGGGGCUGACACCACGGGAACACCCAUCAGGAAGGAUGGCUCUCUCAUGUCCCACUAUAUCAAACCUACCGUAGUGAAGAAUACUUCAUUCUCGUCCACAGAGUUUUCUGAUGACGAGGGUCGGGCCUCAAGGUCACCUGGUCGCAGACUUCCAGCGGCCCCUUUCGAAGAGGACGACAUCAUUCGAACAUUAAAAUCGGAGCUCUCUCAACUUGGAAUUACUUAUGGUAAAGGGAAGCGCUUGUUUAAAUCCUCGUAUAGGCACAAGGUUCCUGAAGGUAUUGGUACCCCCAGUGAUAAGGAGUUGAUUGUGCAACUACAACAGGAAGUGGAAGAGAGCCGGCACCACCUGGAGAUUGAGAGGAGGGACAUCGAGCAGGCCUGUAGGCUAGAGAUCACUAACAUUGAGGCUAGACACGACCAGGAGAAGGCUGAACUCUACCAGCUUAUAGAGAACGAAAAGGAGAGGAUUGCCCAUGAGUUUGACCGACUCCAACAGGAGGCCCUGUCUGAGUUAGCGAGGGAACUGCAAACGACUUUCGCACACGAGAAGGAGGAACUUGUACAGAAACACACCACUGAGAAGAACCAUCUACAGCAAAAACACAAAGAAGAUUUUGAAAACCUCAAGAGGAAAUUCAAGUCUGAACAGAAAGAAGCUCUAGAAAAACAAAAAAAUGAACUGAGAGCAGAGUUCGACCAGGACAAGUUACAACUGGAAGAAGCCCUAGCAGAGAGUGGACCAUUCAUAAAGGGGCUGGAGGAGAAGAUAAAACAACUGGAACAGAAGCAGGUGAAGCAGCAGGAGAACAGCGAGAGGGAGUUGAAGAGGCAGAAAACAGAGAUGGAGGGGAUGCUGACGAGGCACCUACAGAGGGUGGAGGAUGUGGAGAGGCAGAAACACGCGCUGGAGGGGCGAUGGAGGAAGCAGGUCAGCGACACGGAGGUGCAGCAUAGGAGUGAGGUGCUGGAACUGAGAGGAGAAAUUGAUCAACUGAAACUGGCGGUGCGUGAGGCAGACCAAGGGAGGGCGGGGCUGGAGCUUGAGUUGAAGCAGCAGAGGGCGGAGCUAGAAUUGUCAUGGCAACAGGAGAGGCACGAGGUGGGGGACGUGUAUGAGGGGCGUAUACAGGAUCUUGAGGCUCAGUGUGCGCAGGCUGAGAAGCAGCUACAGGCCUUGAUGGCUGGUGAUGUGGACAGAUUGCCUGAUACGCUGCAGGCAAGGCUCACCAGCCUGGUGGAGAGGGAUGUUACAGAGGCCCUCAGUAAGGAGAAGACCCGCAUACAGAAGGAGGUGGAAACACGGCUGAACACUGAAUUUGAAACACGCAACUCUGAACUAAGUCAUGUUCUGGAGCGUGAGAAGGAGGAGCUACAGGAGCAUUAUGAGGCAGAGAUAGGGGCCCUGCGUGGGGAGCUGGAGCGCCUCAAGGGGUCCCUGGUGGUGGAGAGGGAGGCCCUGCAGAGGGGGCACCAGCAGCAAGUUGAGACACUCGAGGGGCAGCUGGCCCAGCAGAUCAGGGAGGAACUGGAGAGCGAGUUUGCUGACCAGUUGGAGGAGCUGCGUGUGGUGUGGGACGAGGAGAAGGCCGGGUUCCAGUCCCAGACUGACCUGCUGCAGCGAGAGAUAGGGGAGCUCCAGGAUGAGCUCGAGUCUGCAAACCAGUCCAAGAGGAGACUGGACGAGGCAAAGAAGGCCAACAGUAGACUGCAGAAAGAGAAGAGACAGUCUGAGAAGUCCCAGCAUGAGUUACGUGCCACCAUGGAGGAGACUUGUGCAGCACUGGAGGGCCGAAUAGCAGAGCUGAAGGCAGAGAAGGAAGGGGCAGUAACUGCAGUCAGAGCCCAGUUCAUGGAGUCCUCAAAACAGAGUGGGAGGGACAAGGCAGGGUAUGAUGCACUGGUGAUGGAGAAGGAAACCCUGGAGAAGAAGGUUGCCUCCCUUUCCCAGGAGCUCUCUCAAAACCAGAGUGCACCUGCCACUGACAGAGAGUUACAGAAACAACUAGAGCUCUUGCAUCAGGAAAAUCAGGAACUUCGUUCUAGAGUUUCUGAUGGCUCUAAAAAUAACAAUUUAGUUCCAGAACAUGCACAGCGUGCCAUCAACGAAUUAACCCGGGAGAAAUCCGAGGUGGAAGAGAAACUGUUUGACCUUGAGACUAGGUACCAUGAGGUAGAGGACAUGGCCAAGAAAUAUACACACCUACAGAAGAAGUAUGAGGAUGUGAGUCGAGAGCGUGACAAGGUGUCUCACCUGGCCAAGACCCUCAAGGAGCAGCUCAACCAGUCCACGUCUGCCCAGCGGGAGGAGCACCAAGAUAAGGGUCAGUUGGCAUCAGUGCUGGAGGAGAAAAAACAGUUAGAGUCACAGCUUCAGAAAAUUAGUGACAAGUUGCUAGAGGCAACGACCAACUUCUCCAUCAGCCAAUCACAGCACAUCCGUGAGCUGCAGCAGUGGAAGGAGCAGUGUAGCAACAUGGUUGACCUUCAGAAGUUCACACGGCUACAGAUAGACCUCGUGGACAACCAGCGCUCACUGCGCGACCUACAGGAGCUCCUGAAAAACAAGGAGGAGAACUCAACCAGUGUCUUCAAAGAGGAGAGUGAGAAGCAUUCUAGUGCUGUGAAGUCCCUGGAGACCCAGAAGGACUCCCUGCAGAGGAAGCUGUCAACCCUGCAGCAGAUACUAGACAGCCAGAUAGACAGGUUCAAACAGCAGUAUGAGGCAAGUGAGAAGCGUAAUGCGCUGGUGGUGGACCUGUACAAGGAGAACGCGGACCUCAUGGACUCGCUGUACCGCAUUGAGGAGCAGAAAAAGGAUGCAGUGUCACGGUGUUACCGUCUUGAGGACCAGUGCAACCACCUCAAGAAGAUGUUAAAGAGAUUAGCCAUUGUUGCUGUUACGUAAUAUUGAGGUCUAGGUCAUAAGAUGUAAAGACUGUCUAAUAUGCACCAUCAAAUUACCUAGCACUAUAGAUGUGAAAAAGCAUCUACCAUCUCUUGUACACUGGCUAACGAAGGAUUGAUGCAAAAUGGAUGAAGAUGUUUGUUGUUUGUUUAUAAUUUGGGAUAAAAUUUUAAUAGAAGUUUUGAUGAAAAAAAAAUCAGUUGUUACGUCGAUUGAGCAAAGAUAAUUUUUUAGUGAUGAAAUAUUAUAAAUACAUUGCAACAAUCAUUUUGCAAAAAGUUAAAUGUAUGAAUGUUAUAAAAUUUGCGUCCAGCAUCCUAAGGCUGUUUCAGCCUAAAAAAUGUGUUCAAAAUGACUUGUUUAGUAUUGUUGUAAUUGAGACAAUGUUCAACUUUAGAAGAGUUUUAAUGCAAAAGAAGAAGAAUGGACUUGGACUUAAUGUCUCGAUAUUUGUGUUCAUUGGAAGGGUGUAUUGUGAUAUUAUUAGUUAGCGUUCUUGCCAUUUACUAUGUAUAGUGCUGUAUUGUAAUCUUUCAUCACCUUGGUCUGAUUGUAUAAAAACAAAUCCAAGUAGAUUAUGCAAUUGCGUUCUUAAUACAUGUUAUUUAUAAUUAUAUAAUGUAAUAUAUUAUGGACGAGUUAGGUUUGUACUUAUUUUACUGGUUUUGAAGAUGUUAAAAAGCUUUCAUGCAUUUACAGGCAUUAUGCUGCAUAAUUAUUGUGUAUGUUAGUCAAUCUUAAAUAUUAUAUUUAUAUAUUAAUAUUAUAAUAUUAAUAACUUAUUAUUAUAAAUAAUAUUAUUGACUAAGUUUUAUUAUUAUGGAUCAAGAAUUGCACUUGUGCUGUGAUGUUUUUAAUUUUUGUGAUAUUUUCAUGCAAUCUUAAUUUGUCAAAUUAAAAAGUAUACAACUG